UUUCAUUCCUAUCAAGAUGAGAAGGUCAAUUCAUAUCAACUCAUUUCGUCCACCCUCAAAUCUCCGACAUGGUUUCAAUCCAGCCAUUCGUCCUUUCUUCACUCGACCCAGCCCUCCUACUCCAAUUACAACUCGAUUAAUGAAUUUCUCCAAGAUUACCGGAUUACUCAUUGCACUUCUUGGUUCUUCAGUUUAUUUAUCUGAUACUCGAGCUGGUCUUCAUUCUUGGAUUGGGGUUCCUUUGAUCAAAGCUUUGGCUUCUCAAGAUCCUGAGGAAUCUCAUAAAUUGGCUAUCAGACUUUUGAAAUUUAUUGGAGCUCAUCAUUUGAUUCAGGAUAGAGGAGUCGAUGGUGAUCAGUUAGCAGUAGAGCUAUGGGGGAACAAGUUUUCUAAUCCGAUUGGUAUUGCGGCUGGAUUUGAUAAAAAUGCAGAUGCGAUCGAUGGCUUGUUCGAUAUCGGAUUUGGUUACGUUGAAGUCGGCUCAGUAACACCGGAGCCACAGGCAGGAAAUCCGAAGCCUAGGAUGUUCCGCCUACCCUCUACCAAUUCAGUUAUCAACCGAUACGGAUUCAACUCCGAGGGACAUCUUACAGUACUCACCAAACUCCGCUCUCGUUUGCUUGAAUACCUGGAGCAACAUCGAUAUCUAGCUCCUACAGUCUUACUGAAUAACUAUGCACAAGCUCAACCUAUCCGAUCACUCACCACACCACUCUCAGCCGAGACUCUCACAUCCGUAUAUCCACUUCCUCAGAUUCUCGAGACUGAGGUAGUACCGUUGGAUGAUCGACUUUGCGCAUUGGUCGAUGAUCUUGAUCUACCUCGUAGUUUGAGGGACGGGAAAGUACUGGGAGUCAACUUGGGAAAGAACAAAUGGUCGGCACCAGAUUCGAUUGAAGAUUUCACCAUUGGUAUCCAACGUUUUGGACCAUUGGCCGAUGUAUUAGUGGUCAAUGUCUCAUCUCCUAACACCCCCGGUCUCAGAAGUUUACAAUCCAAGUCAAUCUUUCAACAACUUUUGUUCGAGAUUGUCAAGUCUCGGGAUGGAUUAGCCUCGACUAAGGAAGGCAAAAAGGUCCGACCAGCUCUUUUAGUCAAAGUAGCUCCCGAUCUUAGUUACCAAGAGUUAGUCGAUGUGGGUGAGGCAGCACGUGAGGCUGGUAUUGAUGGUAUCAUUGUCAGCAAUACUACCAUUGCCCGUCCUCCUCAAGCCGGUUCAGACUUGUCCGUAAACGAGGUUGGUGGACUCUCAGGUCCGCCUCUCAAACCACUUGCAAUCCGAGCCCUUUCAACAAUCUACACAACAACAGAAGGAAAAGUACCAUUGAUAGGAUGUGGCGGAAUCUCAAAUGGACAAGAUGCGAUUGAUUUUGCAAAAGCAGGUGCAAGUUUGGUACAACUCUAUACUAGUCUGACUUAUGAAGGAAUUGGAUUACCUCGAAAGAUUAAAGAUGAAGUCAAAGAGCUUUUGAAUGGAAAACAUUGGAAUGAGAUUAUCGGAGUUGAUGCUAAGCAGGAAGAUGUGAUUGAGAGAGGAGUUGAAGAUGCCAAGGAAAGAUUAUCGUUUAUUGAACAAAGGCUAAAGGCUUAUGUUGAACGAAGUCAAAAGCCUACUGAGAAAACGCAGGAAACUAGCGUUAGUAAGGCUCGAUUUGCAGUACCUAGAUCGACUUCAGGUAGUUCUGGAACAGUCACAGGAAUCACUUCUCAAAACUCAUCAUCAUCACCAUCAUCAAACUCGCUGACCACUUCUACUGAAACAAAGAUUCCUUUAAAAUCUUCAACAUCUUCUCUAUCAACAUCAACAAUACCAUUAUCAACAAUACCACCCCAAAAGAUUGAAGACAGUGAAAAGCAAAAAGAAGAAAAGAGUGUAGGAAUUCUAGCUGAUUGGAAAAUGAAAAGAGAAAAAGAGAUUAAGAAUGGAGAUUGUAAAAGAGUAGUUUAAAAGUUUGUUUUUUUCAAUAUUUAAAAGGUUUUUGAAGAAAUUGAAAAAUGAUCAUUAUAUUUAUAUAUGAAUGAAAUGAACGCAGAAAGAAAGAGAAAAGAAGUGUUGUAUAGAAGUUUUUGCAGGGUUUGAAUUUGAAAUGGUUUGAUCACCAUCAUUUAUUUUU